GAUGGGGGUCCGUCUCGGAGUGAGAUCUCCCAGACAGACAGCAGCAGAGUGGGUGGGCAAGUCUGGGGAAUAAUGGAAAUUUAGCAUUAGAGUACUAUGGAGCCUCCCCCCUCCCGAGUGAGGUUUACGUUAGUUAUCGAGGAUGUCUCAGAUCAGAGUUCUACUACUGUAUGAUUUAGGCGCAUGUCUGGUUCUUUCUCUUUCUUUCUUUAUUUCUUGCUUUCUUCUAGAGGGGUUUCUGCGAGAGAGAUUAAUCGCAAUUCUGCAGGUAGUUAUUUACCGUAUAUGCGCGCUCUGCUUUCCUUCGGAAAUUACUCCCGGAAAAAGAAGAACAGAACAAAACACCUCUUUUUUCUUUUUCAGGCAAAAAUGAAAGCAACCAAGCAACCAAGCAACCAAGCAAGAACGAAACUUGAUCGAUCGAUUGAUUGAUUGGUGAUCGGCGACCGAGGCCGAUGUCGCCGCAAUCGCCCUGCCCGUUAGGUAAUUACCGAA